AUGAGCGCCCAUCUAAAAGACAAAGAAAAAGGCUUUCCAUUUGCGCCUCUAUUGGAAGGCGAAGAAGACAUAGAAUCUGUCAAGCUGCGAUAUAGCUUAUUCCAAGAAUUCUGGGCCCGCCAGGAGCAACAAAUUCAGGGGAUACUCCGUGACGUAGACUCGGAGAUUUUAGGCAAUGUUUCUACGUUCCUAGAGCAUAGCUCACCCGACAACUAUGACGGGCGUAUCCCUACCGGAUUAAUUACUCUGGGUUCCAAUAUUUCAUCGAUGGGACGAUUAUUAGAUCGGCUACGCGAACAAAUACAAUCCAGAACGACUGGACUGGUGGUUACGCUGGAUUCUGGAAAUGCUUCCAACCUCAAAAAUAUUCUGAAGCAGAUCAUUCGAUCUGGUACAAAUAUAAUAAAUGGUGUGGAUAAGGAUGGGGACCAAGUUGGCCCAAAGCCUCUUGCUUAUGACCUAAAUAUUCUGCAUGGCUAUGUAAAAGAGAAUGCGAUUAGGAAAGUGGUAAUUGCUUUUCGAGACAGUGAAGCCUGGGACCAUGGAUUAUUGGGGGACCUAAUAUCAUUACUCAGUUCCUGGCUUGAUCGAAUCCCCUUCGUUCUUCUCUUCGGUAUUGCAACUUCUGUCGAGCUCUUUGAGGCCAGACUUCCGAGAUCCCUGGUAAAUCUACUCCAAGGCUGCCGAUUUGACAUUCGGGACCCUGGUGAUUCCGUAAACCGAAUCUACACGACUCUCCAAACGUGUCAGAAAAGCGCUCUAUGGUUGGGUCAUAACGUGAGCAGAAUUCUUUUUGAAAAGUUCAGAGACCAUUUUCAGAGUCCGGAAGGCUUCGCGAAUGGAAUUAAGACAUAUCCAUACUUUGCUCGAUGA